UGCCUGGUGUCAUGGAGAUCGAGGUGGUACCCUGGCAGACAGAAGUACCUCAGUUUAGGUGGAGGUAGUGAUACGGAUAAAGUUGAGAGAGAAGCCUUAGUGGUGUGAGUUUGUUCGUCGAGUACCGGUUUAAGUGUUUGUUAGACGCAUUUAUUUUUUGUAACAGUUUACCGGCCCCGGAAGCGACGGCUGUUUGGACACAUUAAAGAGAGGAGCUAACAUAAUCUGCGCAUUCCUGAAGUUGACUGACUGUCGAGUUGGCAGAGAUGUUUCAGAUUAAGAGGAUCUGUUGCAUUGGUGCUGGGUAUGUAGGAGGCCCAACAUGUAGUGUGAUCGCCCACAUGUGUCCAGAGAUCACAGUGACCGUUGUCGAUGUCAACGAGUCCCGCAUCAAAGCCUGGAACUCGGACACUCUGCCCAUAUAUGAGCCGGGUCUGAAAGAGGUGGUUGAAUCAUGCAGAGGGAGAAAUUUGUUUUUCUCCACAGACAUAGACUCAGCCAUCAGGGACGCAGACCUCGUCUUUAUUUCUGUGAACACGCCAACCAAGACCUAUGGGAUGGGGAAGGGUCGUGCGGCUGACCUCAAGUUCAUUGAGGCGUGUGCUCGGCGGAUUGUGGAGGUGUCUGAUGGCUACAAGAUUGUCACAGAGAAGAGCACAGUCCCAGUUCGAGCUGCUGAGAGCAUUAGACGGAUAUUUGAUGCCAACACCAAACCCAGUCUCAACCUACAAGUGCUGUCCAACCCAGAAUUCCUUGCAGAAGGAACGGCAGUGCGGGAUCUGAAGGAGCCAGACCGUGUCCUGAUUGGUGGAGACGAAACAGCAGAAGGUCAAAGGGCAAUCAGAGCACUCUGUGCUGUCUAUGAACACUGGGUCCCCAAAGCACGAAUCAUCACCACCAACACAUGGUCGUCUGAGCUGUCGAAACUGGCAGCCAAUGCAUUCCUGGCACAGCGAAUCAGCAGCAUCAACAGUAUCAGCGCUCUGUGCGAGGCCACCGGGGCUGACGUGGAGGAGGUUGCCAAGGCGAUUGGUAUGGACCAGAGGAUAGGCAGCAAAUUUCUCAAAGCCAGCGUAGGUUUUGGUGGAAGCUGUUUCCAGAAGGACGUGCUGAAUUUGGUGUACUUGUGUGAGGCCCUCAACCUUCCUGAAGUAGCUUCCUACUGGCAGCAGGUGAUCGACAUGAAUGAGUACCAAAGGCGGCGGUUUGCCUGCAGGAUUAUUGACUGCCUCUUCAACACUGUUACCGGUAAAAAGAUUGCUCUGCUGGGCUUCUCCUUCAAAAAAGACACAGGUGACACAAGGGAGUCGUCCAGUAUCUACAUCUCUAAGUAUCUGAUGGAUGAGGGAGCCAAGCUGUUCAUCUACGACCCCAAAGUUCUCAAGGAACAAAUCAUUCAUGACCUCUCCCAGCCCAACAUCUCAGAGGACAACCCAGAAAGAGUGUCAGAGCUGGUCACUGUGACCUCGGACCCUUACGAGGCCUGCCAGAGUGCACAUGCAUUGGUCAUCUGCACCGAGUGGGACAUGUUUAAGGAGCUGGACUAUGAGAAGAUUUACAAGAAGAUGCUGAAGCCGGCCUUUAUCUUUGAUGGCCGCAGAGUGCUGGACCACCUCCACCCUCACCUCCAGAACAUCGGCUUCCAGAUCGAGACCAUCGGUAAGAAAGUGACAGCAACACGAAUCCCCUACACCCCGGCAGCGGUUUGUCCUCGCAUCACUGCCAGUGAACCUCCUACCAAGAAAGCCAAAGUCUAAAACUUACUCCACCUCCACACAUGCAACACAUUCCUCUCACAACCGUUGUAUUUCUGGUGAAAAUUUUCACUCAGGUCCAACGCCCUCUUUUGUCGAUACGUGCCUAAUGAUCAAAAAGGCCAAAACAGCAUGACUAACUGCUCCCCUGUGUUACGUCUGAAAUGGAGAGGUAGAGCCUUCUGUCCAAAUUUGUGUGAAUGUGAUCCAUGAAUGCGUUAGAGUCAGUUCAUUUCAGACAUUUCAUGUCAAAUAGCAUUAAUCAAUCAAACAUUUCAGAUGCACCGUCUAUUUCAAAUGAACACGAUUAGUGUUAGUCUACUUUUUUACAGUAUAUACUGUAUAAUCAAGUAUUGUUGCUAAAUUGCAAGAACAAUUUUAUACUAUUUUUUAAAAAUAUUUUUAUAAAACUAUCUUACUGUAUGUUAAUCAGUAAUGUCCUCUGUAUCAGUGACUGUUUACUAAAAACAGCAAUGCAAUAAAAUGUGAUGUGUGUCCUUAA